AUGGCAGGAAGUUGGUAUGCUGUUCAGUCUCUGGCACUUUGUGUUUGGUUCGGUGCUUUCUGUCAUGCUGUUCCAAAGUGGAGUAAUCUUCCCCAGAAUCCUCAAACUCUGAUGUUCCAGCAAACAGACCAGCGGUUUCAACAACCAGUUCAACAGCAAGCUAGUCAACAGUUUUCUCCGCAGUUUCAACAGUUAGUUCAACAGCAAGCUAGUCAACAGUUUCCCCAGCCAGUUCAACAGCAAGCUAGUCAACAGUUUCCCCAGUCAGUUCAACAGCAAGCUAGUCAACAGUUUCCUCAGCAGUUUCAGCCUAAGCAGCCAGUGGCACAGGCAGAGCCCCUUGACAAAUGUACUGUAGCUGAUUAUGAGCAGAUCCAAUGUGGACCACCUGGUAUCAGUGGUGCUGAGUGUGCAGCUAUCAACUGCUGCUUUAACGGACAGCAGUGUUACUAUGGGAAGGCAGUGACUGUCCAGUGUAUAAGAGAUGGUCAGUUUGUGGUAGUGGUGGCCAGAGACGUUACGCUGCCUCGAUUGAGCCUGGAUUCAGUCCGUCUCCUGGGUGGAAAUGAUCCAGCUUGCAGUCCUGUGGGAUCCACACCUUUCUUUGCUAUAUAUCAGUUCCCUGUCACUGCAUGUGGCACAAGCAUGAUGGAGGACAGUGGAUAUGUGGUGUAUGAAAACAGAAUGACCUCCUCGUAUGAAGUGGGUAUGGGACCACUUGGUUCCAUCACAAGGGACAGCCAUUUUGAGCUUCUCUUCCAGUGUAGGUACUCUGGUACUUCUGUGGAAGCUCUGGUUGUGGAGGUCAACACUGUUCCUCCACCUCCACCAGUAGCUGCUCCUGGACCCCUCAGAGUGGAGCUUAGACUGGCAAAUGGUCAAUGUGUCACCAAAGGCUGUGCAGAAGGGGACGAGGCGUACACGUCCUACUACAGUGAUGCUGAUUAUCCGGUCACAAAAGUCUUGCGGGAACCUGUGUAUGUUGAGGUGCACAUUUUGGAGAGGACCGACCCCAACAUUGUCUUGAUGCUGGGACAUUGCUGGGCGACAUCAACCCCUAGUCCACUCAGUCUACCCCAGUGGGACCUUCUGGUUGAUGGAUGCCCUUACCAGGAUGAUCGUUACCUGACCACAUUGGUUCCAGUGGCUGGAUCAUCUGGUCUUCAGUUCCCAACCCAUUACAAGCGCUUUGUUGUGAAGAUGUUCGCAUUUGUAGAUCCAGCAUCACUGGCUCCUCUGCAGGAAACGGUCUUCAUCCAUUGCAGUACAGAGGUGUGCCAUCCCUCUUCUGGCUCUUGUCAGCAAAGUUGCUCCAGGCAAAGAAGGGGCGUUCGUUUAAACACUACCACUUCUGGCCAAACUGUGGUUUCUAGUGGAGAAGUGAGACUGAUUCUAUGAGUAUUUAAUAAAUGAUA